CUCCCAGAAACAGAUUUGCAAAAUAAAUUUCAAAAAUUAAAAACUAAAAGUGAUUCAAAGAAGCCCAAAAUCACUCAUUUUAUCAUCAACGGCCGCGAACGGCAGCAGCAACAACAGCGGCGACGCGACGGUAGCAACAACAACAGCCGCGACGACAUUGCCAUUUCUUGGCUGCUGUGACGACAGCGCCUCGUCUCUCACAAUCUUUCUCCACCGAUUUUACCUAGGUAAUUGAAUUCUCCUAACGUCAACAUUUUAUAAAUUGAAGCAAGAAAACCUAAACUAAACCACCAUCAAUCAUGAAACAAGAUGCUGCUACACAAGAUAACAGUAACACCAACUCGUAUUCAAAGAAAUCAAUUCCACCCUACAUGAAAGCAAUCUCUGGCUCAUUGGGAGGGAUUGUCGAGGCUUCUUGCUUGCAACCGAUUGAUGUGAUCAAGACCAGAUUGCAGCUUGAUAGAUCAGGGAAUUACAAGGGAAUAGUUCAUUGUGGUGCCACAAUUGUUCGAUCCGAAGGGGUACGGGCUUUAUGGAAGGGAUUGACACCUUUUGCCACACAUUUGACUUUGAAGUAUACUCUUCGAAUGGGUUCAAAUGCAGCGCUUCAGUCAGUGUUUAAGGACCCUGAGACUGGGAAGAUUAGUAAUCAUGGGCGGCUUCUUUCUGGGUUUGGUGCAGGGGUGCUUGAAGCUGUUGUUAUUGUCACGCCAUUUGAGGUUGUGAAGAUAAGAUUGCAGCAGCAAAAAGGGCUAAGCCAUGAGCUUUUGAAAUAUAGAGGUCCUGUGCAUUGUGCACGAAUGAUCAUUAAGGAAGAAGGCUUUCGUGGGCUUUGGGCAGGUGUUACCCCGACUAUAAUGCGUAACGGGACAAACCAAUCUGCCAUGUUUACUGCCAAAAAUGCGUUUGAUGUGCUUUUGUGGAAGAAAAAUGAAGGCGAUGGUAAAGUUCUUCUACCAUGGCAGUCAAUGAUUUCCGGAUUCCUUGCAGGUACGGCAGGUCCAUUUUGCACUGGUCCCUUUGAUGUAGUGAAAACAAGGUUGAUGGCUCAGGGAAAAGAGGGAGGUGAAAUGAAGUACAGGGGUAUGAUCCAUGCAAUCAGAACAAUAUAUGCAGAAGAAGGACUUGCUGCCUUAUGGAAAGGACUGUUACCUCGGCUCAUGAGGAUCCCUCCUGGUCAAGCCAUUAUGUGGGCUGUGGCGGACCAAGUAAUUGGUUUGUAUGAGAGGAGAUAUCUUCAAACUUAAUAAUUGUAGGGUUCUUUUAUUUCUUUAUUUCUUUUGUUUACAUUACUUUUGCUUUCUCCAUAGACCAAUUCCAUUGCAACCCUAAAAAAGUAGCCAUUUAAAGGGAAUUUAUUUGUUUAAUUCCCUUGAAUUUAAUUUGUGGAUCUAAAUCCUAAACCUCAAACCCUAAAGGGUCCAUACAAAAACUCCAUUUCUUAGGGAAUUUAGCUUAGAGAAGUGUCAUAAUACUUGGCAGAGCUACUAGCAAGCUUUUUCUGUCUUAUUUUGGUAAUAUGUUGAAAUCUAAAAUAAUGCUAGAUGAUGUAUGUUUUGUAAGCAAAAAUAAUUUUAGAUGCUUUUCUUUUUAAAGCAAGAAAUAAUUUUAGAUGA